GUGAAACAAAUGCUCAGAUGUCCAGAAUGACUGAAGAAUUAUCUGGGAAGAGUGAUGAACUGAUUCGGUACCAAGAAGAGAUCUCCUCUCUCUUAUCUCAAAUUGUAGAUCUUCAGCACAAAGUUAAAGAACAUGUAAUUGAGAAGGAGGAACUGAGACUUCACCUACAAGCUUCCAAAGAUGCCCAAAGACAGCUGACAAUGGAGCUGCAUGAGUUACAAGACAGGAAUAUGGAGUGUCUGGGAAUGUUACAUGAAUCCCAAGAAGAAAUAAAGGAACUUCGAAGUAGGUCUGGCCCUGCUGCUCAUCUUUACUUCUCACAGUCAUAUGGAGCUUUUUCUGGGGAAUCUCUGGCAGCUGAGAUUGAGGGGACCAUGCGUAAAAAGUUGAGUUUGGAUGAGGAAUCUUCUCUCUUUAAGCAAAAAGCCCAACAAAAACGGGUAUUUGAUACUGUCAAAGUUGCCAAUGACACGCGGGGCCGCUCCAACCCAUUCCCAGCUCUGCUACCCAUUCCAGGGUCCAACCGUUCAAGUGUCAUCAUGACAGCAAAACCUUUUGAGUCUGGUUUACAACAAACAGAGGACAAAACACUCCUGAGUCAGCAGAGCAACUCAGAAGAGGUUUCAGAGAACGUUCAGAAGGUGGGUCAACCAGGACCCUCUGGAGAUAGUGAUUUGGCUACAGCACUGCAUCGCCUUAGUCUGCGGCGACAGAACUACUUAAGUGAGAAGCAAUUCUUUGCUGAAGAAUGGGAGCGGAAGAUCCAGGUUCUGGCUGACCAGAAAGAAGGGGUUAGUGGCUGUGGCACCCCCACGGAGAGCCUUGCCUCUCUCUGCACUGACCAGUCGGAGAUCACAGACCUCAGCAGUGCCAGUUGCCUUCGAGGUUUUAUGCCUGAAAAAUUACAGAUUGUCAAGCCCCUUGAAGGAUCACAAACUUUGCACCACUGGCAGCAGCUUGCUCAACCAAAUUUAGGAACCAUUCUUGACCCACGACCAGGUGUCAUCACUAAAGGCUUUACCCAGUUGCCCAAGGAUGCCAUCUAUCACCUCUCAGAUUUAGAAGAGGAUGAAGAGGAAGGUAUCACUUUUCAAGUGGAACAGAAACCUUCAGUAUCCAAGCCAGUAACAGGAAUCUUCCUUCCAGCCAUUACUUCAGCUAGUGGUCCAGUUACAGUUGCAACCUCAAACCCAGGCAAGUGUCUGUCAUGCACAAACUCGACAUUCACCUUCACCACCUGUAGGAUAUUGCAUCCUUCUGAUAUCACUCAGGUUACCCCCAGCUCUGGGUUCCCUUCGUUAUCCUGUGGAAGUAGUGGUAACAGUUCAUCAAACACAGCGGUGAAUUCUCCUGCUAUGUCCUAUAGACUCAGCAUUGGUGAAUCUGUUACCAACCGACGAGAUUCCACUAUCACCUUCAGUAGCACCAUGAGCUUGGCCAAACUUCUGCAAGAGCGGGGCAUUUCUGCUAAAGUGUAUCACAGCCCAGUUUCAGAGAGCCCCCUCCUCCAGCCUAUCCCUAAAGCCCUGGCUAUUCCUUCUACACCACCAAAUUCACCAUCUCACUCACCUUGCCCUUCUCCUUUGCCCUUUGAGCCUCGAGUUCAUCUCUCCGAAAAUUUUUUGGCCUCCCGACCAGCUGAAACAUUCCUCCAGGAGAUGUAUGGUUUGAGACCUACCCGGAACCCUCCUGAUGUUGGCCAGUUGAAGAUGAACUUAGUGGACAGGCUGAAGAGACUGGGGAUAGCCAGAGUGAUCAAGACCCCUGAUGCACAGGAAAAUGGAAGAAGCCAAGAGGCAGAAAUUGGUCUUCCAAGACCAGACUCUGCUGUUUAUUUAAAUUCAGGUAGCAAUUUAUUGAGUGGAUUGAGGAGGAAUCAGAGCCUUCCAGUCAUGAUGGGUAGCUUGGGCACCCCAGUUUGCACAACUUCACCGAAAAUGGAUAUCCUGAAGGAAGACUGAAGUUCAGCAGUUAACUGACCUCUUCAACAAAUUAGCACAUGAAGGAUAGAUUUGCACUGAUACAUGUAGUCUGAUCUGACUGAGAGACAAGGAAUGUUGCAGAUGGGUUGUGAAUGUGGAAAGGGGAAAAUGGAACAAUGGAAACAGAAUUGGGACGAGGCCCUAAUGAAUGAGGUCUAAUAAAUUGAAAGUAUAAAUGAAUGGGUCAUGAGUGUUUGGAGCAGAAAAGGAAGAAAAGUUUAAUAUACUUCAGUUGGAUGUUCCUAUCUUGAGAAUAAAAAGUGACUGGACAAUAAAUUCAGUAAUAUCAAAAUAUACCAGUUAUACUGAACUUGCUAGCACAUUUACUUCUAGUAAGCAAAAGCAGCAAGAACCCAGCUUAGGAGAUGGGAAGAGAAAGGGAGCAGCUUUGAUCAUUGCCUAUGAAAAGCUGAACUGCAGGGUUGCUGGGCUAAGCCCCAUCUGUUACUGAGGCUUUUAUGUUUUACCCUGUUACGGUCUGCUUAAAUUACAUAUCCAUCAAAUGGUAUGUACACAGCAGUAGCAAACAAGGAAUUUUAUCUUUUUCAUAAAAUCAGAGUAGUGGAAACUCCCUUUUGCUUUCUGUUUUCAAGCCUUUGAGCCACUGGGAGCCCAAACACCACCCACAUUCCUUUUGUAUUUGUGAUUAAUAAAAGUUCAUUUUUAAAUUUGUAUCUUUAUACAAUACCUCCAAAAAACCAAUAUGAAUUGGGGGGUAGGAAGGAUUUACUUAAGAAGGAAAAUAUGGGUAAGUUGGAACCAAGGAAACUUGUUUUCAGAAUAUUUCCUUUAGAUAAGGACAGUGACCAAGGCAUAUGAACACAAUUACAUGUCUUUCAAAUUUCCUUGGAGGCUGGAAGGAGUUAAACCAGAAGUGCAAUCAAUAGGAAUUAGGGAAUGUUAUGUAUUUAUGUCUGUAUGUUUUUUGUAAGGAAAGUUACUUGCAACUAAACUUUUUCCAAAGUGCUAUGCAUAUUUUUCAGUGAAGAUGAGAUGUAUUUGCACAAAAAUUCUCAGGCAUAUUAAAUUAUUAUAAGCUAAAGUAAAACCCAGGUACUUGCUUUGAGAUUGUGGUUUUUUUAAAUGUAAAAUUAAAACACAUCUGUCUUUUUCUUGAUAUCUGUAGAAUUCGAGAAUGAACAUUUUUAAUGGGAAAGUCAAAGCUUUUGCUUUUUUUCCUGGGAUUCCUUUUUUUUUUUUUUUUCUUUACAAAUUCUGUGAAAUGGCAAAGUUUACUCAUGGAUUAGGUUUCAGCAUUCAGCAGUGUGACGCAAGGCUGUGAAUUGGGAAGAAACGGAUCUGUUUCGCUGAGUGUUGCUGAUCAAGGUCUGUUCAUCAGAUGACAUGGCUUUCUCUACACAGUACAGUUCAGAAAAAAAUACCGUUAUAUGAAAGGCAUGAUGGAGAAGAAAUGAGGGAGGGGGCUAAUUAUUUUGUUUUUGAAAAUGGAAGGCAUAUUGAUUGAUCUUUUUGGAGCUUAAUUUGCAAAUGUUUUGCUUGUUUCUUCUGACUUAACUGAAAGGCAGUUUUCUGAAGAAUUCUUGAUGAGAGUUUUGCUCCUUUGGUUCCCAUUGAUGCACCUAUUCUCAUGCCUGAAGAGGUUCCUUCCUUUCCCCUCUUGAGGUGCCUCUCCUACCUGAAGAAGCUAUGUGCUCAAAAGGGUAGAAGAACCAACCUGCAUGCAGUAGUAAGAAUGUGUGAGUUUACCAUGCUUUUUAGAAGCUUAAUAAAACUUUUCUAAAUUUCUUAAAAACAAAAAGUGAAAGUGUCCUCUCCCCUUCUGUCAGUCAUGCUGAGGUUAUAACAUGUUCAGAAAGGAUUCCAGCGGGUCCAUAAGUGAAUGUAAGUGUCCCUGAAUGUGGUAGGCACUAACCAGAAGAAUUCCUUGUUUAAAGAUGUUUAAAUUUCCGGAAUAUUCCAAUUCGCUAUUUUAAAAAAAUAGUAUUUGAGUUUCUACUUCCUAAAGUGACUCUGGGGUGCUUAUUUUAGCCAAUUCUUAAAGCUUUUUAUUUAUUCUCUAAGAAAGUAGUCUUCCUGUUGCCAGUGUCCAAGAAACAUCAGGAAGUAGGAAAAUGUAGGGCCAAAGAGUAGUACAAAGUGUUAAAUUAUCAGAUUUGUGUAUCUUAUAUAAAUAGCUGUAAACUAAGCUAGAUUUUGGAGUAUUCUGUAUAAUUAGCAUACUUUUUUUUAUAACUGAUGCUAAAAUGAUCAUUCUGGAGGCAGGGUGAGGGCAUGCAUAUUCACAGCCAAAUAAGCACAUCUAAUUAAAAGAGACCCAGACUUAAGUUUUUGAAAAUUGGACUGAUGUUACUGUUCUGCCGGAAACAUGAUGAUUGUAUAUUGGCACAUGCUUGUCUCUAGAAAUGAAUCUGUUUGAAAUUGGGGUUUGCUGUUUUUAAGAUUCCGCCUAAAAUCAUUUUUGGUACAGCCUGAGAAUCUCUAUUAUAACAAAGCUGUGCAAAGUACAGUAAGAAGACCUGGAGCCUUGUAGGAAGUUUCUCUUCAGCUUAUCUGUUAUGCUUUAGUCCUGUCACAUUUUAGUUUUUCAGUAUCAACUGUGUAUGUACUUUCAUGCCACUAUAGGAUACUCUAAUCUUUUUUUUCUCCUUCAGGAAGGUUCUCAGUGAUUAUACCUCAGGUAUUUCUGAGUAUCCUACUAUCUAUAGGAGGGAUACCUUUGUGAGCUCAGAAUGAAAAGUUUUCCUGAAUUAUGAUGAUCCCAAAUCUUAUGUAAAUGGCCUUAGGCUUGGGUCUUAGGGAGAACUUAAUGACCAUCGUUAGAGUAGUUUUUUAAAAGAUUUUAUACUUUAUGUCCUUGACUCGACAUGAAUGAACAGACUUUGGCAAAGGGAGGAAAUAAAGAGACAGCUCAUGACUAGAGCUUAUUCUCUAGAAAAGGUGUAUUUUAUACAGUAUUCAAAGUCUGUUCUUUUGUUCUGACCAUUCUAGUACCUAAUUAGUACUUGUUGGUUACUCACAUUGACUUUAGACAUCUGGAACGAGAGCUCUCAAGUGUUUAAUGGUCCACUUGUUUGAUGUCAGAUGCCCACAGGCCUGUACUCCAAGUGUCACGCCACAGUGUCUACACCCGGGUGGCUGCAUUGCAGAACACAGCUGCCGAGGGGUGGUGGUUCAGUGCCCUCUGGGGCCACCAGGGAAAUACUGUUGUUGGAUAUCUAGGGCUUGGCUUUGUCAAACAGCUCUUUGUGCACCUACCUUUGCUUUGUCAAAUGUAAAUCAGUUAAUAAACAUGAGUAUCUUCUUAAAUUUU